UAGCCAUGGACGCGGCGGAGUCGGGACUCCCCCCUGCUCCUGAGGGUAGGAAGAGGUAUAGUGACAUCUUCCGGAGCCUGGACAACCUUGAGAUCUCACUGGGGAACGUGACCCUUGAGAUGCUGGCUGGAGAUUCUGUACUCUCAGGAGACCCAGAGCCUGACAAGGUCCCCACAACCACUGUGACCAGUGAAGCCAGCAGUUGGAGUGGCCCCUCCCCGGAGGGUCCUUCAUCCCUCACAGGGGAGGAACUGGACUUGCGGCUCAUUCGGACCAAGGGGGGUGUGGAUGCAGCCCUGGAAUACGCUAAGACCUGGAGCCGCUAUGCCAAGGAGCUGCUGGCCUGGACUGAGAAGAGAGCCAGCUAUGAGCUGGAGUUUACUAAAAGCAUCAUGAAGAUUGCUGAAGCUGGCAAGGUGUCCAUCCACCAGCAGAGCCACAUGCCGCUGCAAUACAUCUACACUCUGUUUCUGGAGCACGACCUCAGCCUGGGAGCCCUGGCCAUGGAGACCGUGGCCCAGCAGAAAAGAGACUACUACCAGCCCUUAGCCGCCAAACGGACCGAGAUUGAGAAGUGGCGGAAGGAGUUCAAGGAGCAGUGGCUGAAGGGGCAGAAGCGGAUGAACGAGGCUGUGCAGGCGCUGCGGCGCGCCCAACUCCAGUACGUGCAACGCAAGGAGGACCUGUGGGCGCGCUCGCAGGCGUCCCCUGAGGACCCGGCCCCCCAGGCCUCGCCAGGACCCAGCAAACAGCAGGAGCGGCGGCGGCGCUCGCGAGAGGAGGCCCACGCCAAGGCGCAGGAAGCCGAGGCGCUGUACCAGGCCUGCAUCCGCGAGGCCAACGCGCGGCAGCAGGACCUAGAGGCCGCCAAGCAACGGAUCGUGUCUCACGUGCGCAAGCUGGUGUUGCAGGGGGACGAAGUGCUGAGGCGGGUGACCCUGGGCUUGUUCCGGCUGCGCGGGGCGCAGGCGGAGCGUGUCCCCUGUGCCUUUGCCGCCCUGGCCGAGUGCUGCGCGCCCUUCGAGCCGGGCCAGCGUUACCAGGAGUUCGUGCGGACGCUGCAACCCGAGGCCCCGCCGCCCCCACCGCCCGCCUUUUCCUUCCAGGAGUUCGUGCCCGCUGUGCACAGCUCCCCUCUGGACACCAGAAAAAAGCUCUCGGGGCCCCUGCCUCCGAGGCUGGAUGAGAGUUUGGCUGAGCCAGGCCCUUGGGAGGACACAGGCACAGGCUGGCAGGGCACUCUGGGCCUCACUCCCAGCGGCAGCGAUGUGGACAGCGUGGGUGGUGGCAGCGAGUCUCGGUCCCUGGACUCUCCCACUUCCAGCCCAGGCUCUGGCACGCGGCAGCUGGUGAAGGUCCCAUCUACAGGCACCGAGUCUUCAGAUGACUUUGAGGAGCGAGACCCUGACCUGGGAGAUGGGCUGGAGAAUGGGCUGGGCACCCCCUUCAGGAAGUGGACACUGUCCAGUGCUGCUCAGACCCACCGGCUGAGGCGGCUGCGGGGCCCUGCCAAGUGCCGCGAGUGCGAUGCCUUCAUGGUCAGCGGGACCGAGUGCGAGGAGUGCUUUCUGACCUGCCACAAGCGCUGCCUCGAGACUCUGCUGAUCCUUUGUGGACACAGGCGGCUGCCAACCCGGAUGCCCCUCUUUGGGGUCGACUUCCUGCAGCUGCCCAGGGACUUCCCAGAGGAGGUGCCCUUUGUGGUCACCAAGUGCACAGCUGAGAUAGAACACCGCGCCCUGGGUGUGCAGGGCAUUUACCGGGUCAGUGGGUCCCGGGUCCGCGUGGAGCGGCUGUGCCAGGCUUUUGAGAAUGGCCAUGCGUUGGUGGAGCUGUCGGGAAACUCACCUCAUGAUGUUUCAAGUGUCCUCAAGCGAUUUCUGCAGGAGCUCACCGACCCCGUGGUCCCCUUCCACCUCUACGAUGCCUUCAUCUCUCUGGCUAAGACCCUGCAUGCAGACCCUGGGGAUGACCCCGGGACCCCCAGCCCCAGCCCUGAGGUUAUCCGCUUGCUGAAGACCCUCUUGGUACAGCUGCCUGACUCUAACUACAACACCCUGCGGCACCUGGUGGCCCAUCUGUUCAGGGUGGCUGCACGGUUUGAAGAAAAUAAGAUGUCUGCCAACAACCUGGGCAUUGUAUUUGGGCCAACGCUGCUGCGGCCACCAUGUGGUCCAGGGGCAGCCGGUGCCAACCCUGUCUCCUGCCUGCUGGACUCUGGGCACCAGGCUCAGCUCAUUGAGUUCCUCAUCAUUCAUUAUGAGCAGAUCUUCGGGAUGGACGAGCUCCCCCUGGCCACUGAGUCCCUGCCCCAAGACCCCAGCCCAGCCUCUGGGCCCCUCACGUCCAGCCCCCAGCUGCCACCCCCACACCUUGUCCCAAACCCCCAGCCCCCAGCCCUAGCCUCGGACCUCAGUCCAGAUCCCAUGCCCCACAGUGCCCUGGAGAAGCAUCUCGAGGCCACGCCCCCUGAGAUUCCAACUCCACAGAGUGAACAGAGAGAGGAAAUGGAAGAUGCCACAGAUGGACGAGGGGAAGCAUCCAGCCAAAGCCCCGAGGACUCACUCCUGGGAACACAGUCCCGUGGCCAUUUCAGCCGCCAGCCGGUGAAGUAUCCCCGGGGAGGCGUGCGACCUGUCACCCACCAGCUGUCCAGCUUGGCCAUGGUGGCUUCCAAGCUGUGCGAGGAGAACCCUGUCAUAUCAGUGCCCCAAGGGAGUUUGCGGGGUUGGGGUCCUGGUCCUGCUGUUGCCUCCCCUGAAGGCAGCCCCCUGCGCCGUACCCCAUUGCCCAAGCAUUUUGAGAUCACCCAAGAGACAGCCCGGCUACUCUCCAAGCUGGACAACGAGGCUGUGCCCAGGGCCACCUGCUGCCCAGACCCCCAGCCUGAGGAAGCCGAGGACCAUCUCUGACCACCUCACCACUGUAAGGGACCCAGCACUGAGAAGAUGGACCCAUUUCUCCCCACCAAUCCCUACCUGGUGGCCAAACAGGCCAAGAGUUCACUGUUGGCAGAGCCCAGAGAGUUCCUGUAAGGAGAGACUACUCGGCCUGGGGGAGGCUUAAAACCCUUUUUGGAGCAAUGUCCCAAGAUACUCCCACCAGACACAGGUGACUGCCAAACAUCAGGGCCACUCAGGCUCAGAGGUCACUCAGUGACAAUGCUCAGGGUCAGUACAGGUCAUGAGAACCUUGGGGUCCACCCUAGUUUCUAACCCUUCGGACAGGGAUGCCUUUUGCUACUUUGGUUGUGGUCACUCCCCCACCCCCACCUGCCUCCUUCGCUGACUCCAGGAGACCCUUCUUGGAGGAGGUGGG